UACAGACUCAGAUAACGGAAGUGGCGUGCGCAUCCUCCUCUCCUGCUGGGGCUAGAUGAGACUUCAGACUGAUCUGUGAGGAGAGAAGAACAGAGAGAUACACUACCUAACUUGAUGACUCUAAGCUGACAGUGAGUUACAACACCGUAGCUUGAUCCACGGUGAGAAGAAUAACUACCCACACUACAGCGAAGGAAGGAGCUAAAGAGAAAGAUUAUCAGCCUUACUUGGGGUAAAGAAGAGGAAAGGUGGAAGAAAGAAGGCUAUAAACCUGAGACUGAGGUAAAUGCCACUGAUACCCAGCUGACCUGUAGCUGAGUGCUGAGGCAGGAUCAAGGAGAAGCAUCUGUUGAAGUGCAGACUGUAGAGUCACGUUGGUCUGACUCGCCCUCCUCUCAGCUCUGUCUGUUCGGGGAUGGAGUGACUUGGUGAGCCCAGCUCUGUCUUCAUCGUUGGACAACAUGCCUGUGAUGAAGGGCCUCCUGGCCCCCCAGAACACCUUCCUGGACACCAUCGCCAACCACUUUGAUGGCACCCACAGCAACUUCCUUCUUGGGAAUGCCCAGGGUCGCCAAGGUUACCCCAUYGUGUACUGCUCGGACGGCUUCUGCGAGCUGACGGGGUUUGUGCGCACCGAGGUGAUGCAGAAAACAUGCACGUGUCGCUUCCUGCACGGGGCGGAGACCAGUGAGAGGGUGAGGCAGCAGGUGGACAAGGCCCUGGAGGGACAGCAGGAGUACCAGGGGGAGGUGUGCUUCUACAUGAGGAACGGAAAUCCAUUCUGGUGCCUUCUUGACAUCGUGCCGAUUAAGAAUGAGAAGGGUGAAGUGGUUCUGUUCCUUUUCUCCUUCAAGGAUGUCACUGAGUCGUACGGAAAAACACCAUCACAGCAACAGCAGAGGGGGGGAGGCCACAGGUAUUCUACUAACACUGUGGAAGGCUUUAAUAAGUCCAGGGAAAGGGGAAGGACUGUCCUGUACCACCUCACCAACCAGUUCUCCAAGAGGGGCAAGGGGAAACUGCCCAAUAGUGUAUUCCAGAAGCCCUCUCUCCCAGAGUACAAGGUGGCGGCGGUGCAGAAGUCCCGCUUCAUCCUGCUCCACUACAGCGUAUCCAAGGCCCUGUGGGAUUGGCUGAUCCUACUGGCCACCUUCUACGUGGCGGUCACCGUGCCCUUCAAUGUCUGCUUCGUCAGUCACCAGGACGACAUCGACUGGGACUCCCGUAGCACCAUUGCCAGUGACAUCGCAGUGGAAAUGCUUUUCAUUCUAGAUAUCAUCCUGAACUUUAGGACCACCUUCGUGAGUCAGUCGGGUCAGGUGGUGUACGAUGCCCGCUCAAUCUACCUCCAUUACUGUGGCACCUGGUUCUUUAUAGACCUCAUUGCCGCUCUGCCCUUUGACCUCCUCUACGCCUUCAACAUCACAGUGACCUCUCUGGUCCACCUCCUGAAGACGGUGCGUUUGCUGCGGCUGCUGCGGUUGUUACAGAAGCUGGACCGUUACUCCCAGUACAGUGCUGUGGUCCUGACCCUGCUCAUGUCUGUGUUCGCCCUGCUUGCCCACUGGAUGGCCUGCGUCUGGUACGUCAUUGGCCGCAAGGAGAUAGAGAGCAGCGACCCUGUCACCUGGGAUAUAGGCUGGCUGCAGGAGCUGGGGAAGCGGUUGGAGACCCCAUACAUCAACAGUACGGUUGGCGGCCCCUCCAUGCCCAGUGCCUACAUCGCCUCCCUCUACUUCACCCUGAGCAGCCUCACCAGUGUGGGCUUUGGCAAUGUGUGUGCCAACACAGAUGCUGAGAAGAUCUUCUCCAUCUGCAUCAUGCUCAUGGGGGCCCUGAUGCAUGCAGUGGUCUUCGGUAACGUGACGGCCAUCAUCCAGCGCAUGUACUCUCGACGCUCGCUCUACCACACGCGUAUGAAGGACAUCAAGGACUUUAUCCGUGUGCACCGUCUGCCCCAGCUGCUGAAACAGAGGAUGCUGGAGUACUUCCAGACCACCUGGUCUGUCAACAACGGCAUCAACGCCAACGAGCUGCUGCAUGACUUCCCAGACGAACUGCGUGCGGACAUCGCCAUGCACCUGAACAAGGACAUCCUGCAGCUGCCAGUGUUUGAGCGAGCCAGUAGGGGUUGUCUGCGCUCCCUCUCUUUGCACAUUAAGACCUCGUUCUGUGCCCCGGGAGAGUACCUCAUCCGCCAGGGGGACGCGCUGCAGGCCAACUACUUUGUCUGCUCUGGGUCUCUAGAGGUGCUGAAGGACGGCAUGGUCCUUGCUAUCCUGGGCAAAGGUGAUCUGAUUGGGGCAGACCUGACAGCGCAAGACAAGGUAAUCAAGACCAAUGCGGACGUGAAGGCUCUGACCUACUGUGACCUGCAGCACAUCAGUGUCCGUGCCCUGAGGGAGGUCCUGGGCCUCUACCCAGAGUACGGCAGUCGCUUCAGCUCUGAUAUCCACCACAACCUCACCUACAACCUGAGAGAGGGCAGCGAGGCAGAGGGGCUGACAAGGUUCUCACGGUCCCCUCGGCUCUCUCAGGAGCGAGCUGAUAAGGACCACAAGCUUCCCCUCAUUGCGAAGGCAGAAGAUGUGGAGUCUGGUGAGGACAUGAGCCACUGUCCCACCGGUGCAUCCCACCAAGGACGGCUGCUCCUGAUGCAUGGCCUGAGCAGCCCCGUCUGCCACCCUGGCUUCAGCAGCCUGCUGGGGAAGGAGCUUCGACAUGUCAAUACACUCCGUCUCUGCCGCUCCCCAGCCCAGGGCUGCAGAGGCCGUAGCCCCUCCCCUCAGCUGCUGUCCAAUGAGGAGGUUACUCUCGCCCCAGUGCCCACCAUGGUCACAGAUCACAGCUCAUCCCAUAGGCCAGCCAAGCUGCUCAUACCCUCCCUACAUUGUGUCAGCCCUCUGGACCUCAGCCCCAGGGUUGUGGAUGGAAUUGAGGAUAAUGGGCAGUCUUUUCACUUCAAUGUGGAUCAAGGCGAGGCAAAGACCAAUAGCAAAGACCCAUUCCAGGUGAGCGCCAACUUACUUCUGGAAACAGAGGAGGUGAGACAGAACAUCAGCCAGCUAAACAAAGAGAUGAAUACCCUUAACCAGGAGGUGUCCAACCUGACCAAGGAGCUCCACGAGAUGAUGCGUUUCCUGCAGGCCCAUGUGACCAUGUUACAUUACCCCUCUGCCAUCUCCACCUAUCCUUACGGCCUGCAGAUGGCCCCUAACCCCAACUCCAGCAGCAACAUGAUUGCUGCCAAUGACUGGCAGACACGGGUGCCUUUCAGUAUGCCUGCUGGACCUCACCCAUCUCACCUCCAACAUGAGCCCCUCAGCCACCCUGCCAGGAACAUGUGGGCCUACAGUGGGGUGCCGCCCCAGGGCAGAGGUCAGAAGGUGGAGGUUGAGCACCAUCACCAGACGUCGAAUCCCAGGUCGUCCUGUUUACAUCCGUGCUGCUCGGACAGAGGCAGAACCACUGGUCAGGGACUUGAAGCCCAGUACAGGCCUUUCCCGACCUCCAGAACUACACCCAACUCUCCCUACAUGGGCCACUCCCAAUGCCGGACUGGGCCAUCUCUUCUGAACCUCAGCUCUGCCUUCCCAGUACUCCCAGGUGCGGGUCCUGGUCAGGUUGAGUACAAAGCCUCCAUCCCCACCAUCAGUACCUUUCGUCCCCUAUGUUCCCCGGGCAGCCUCAGUCACUCCCACCCAUCCCUGAGUGUCCAGGUCAACUCUGACCACAGCCAUUCACCGUCCAUCUCCCCAACGCCUAUCCACGUCUCACUGACUCCUACCGGCCAACCACAGCUCCACACCGCCUUCAGCUCUCAGUCUGGGGUCUACACGUCUGUCAGCGCAACAUAUAAUCAGACGCACAACCAGACCACCCAGGGGCAGGGCUCUCUCAACAGAGCUAGGAAGAAUGACCUGGUGGGCUCCAGCCCUGUCCACACACUGGACUCAUCCCUACAUCUGGUAGGGCAGCCAGCAGGGCAAGGGCCAGACUGUGGAGGGCCUAAGACUGAGUACCCACAGGGCAGGGAGAGACCUGAGAGGAUGCAGAGUGAUGCUGAGCAGGCAGAGUCCCAGACCCAGGGGACCAACAUCAGCACACAGCAGGCCCUGGAAGUCGAGCCUCUCUGGGGCUUGGAGGUGACACAUUAGCAGCUGUCUGGAGCCCCACAGAGCCAGAUAAAUAAACGGGAACAUUACUGCUGCAAAGUAACGCUGAGCCCAUCAACUCAACUUUCCCUUUUUGAUUGCAUCUCUUAUGCUGCGCGAGUUUACAUCUGAGAAAUGAAUGAUUGCUUUACAGUCUAAAACGUUCACUACACAGCAAUCACACUACAUAAUAUCGACACUGAUUGUACUACUACUUGAUGUACUGUUUAUUUAAUAUGACUGUAAAUACAGCAUUGAUAUGGACCAGAGAUUAUGAAGACAAGCUGACUCAGUUUAUAAAAAUAUUCAGCUUUGUGUUUAUUAUGUAUUUCUUGUGAACUGAAAGUUAGGUAUUACUAACCGGAGGGUAUCUCUAGACAUAUCAUAUUGAGACCUGGCAGACAUGGAAACAGCAAACCCCACCCCUUUCCUUCAUUAUAUUGUGUUUACAUAGAAUGUAUCAUCACCUAAUGAGCAUUUUGACAUGUGGUUUUAUGUGAUUUCAUUGUCUGUGAACACACUGUGGAGCUCAUUCUACAAGCUGUCUGGACAUUACAGCAUAUGACCAAUGUUUGUGCUCAUUAUUUUAAGAAAUUGUCUCUUGGCUAGCCUGCCAGAGGAUUGCUGGCCAAAGAGGACCUUUGGUUAUUUGUGUUUUUCCCUCUUCUGCAAUAUGGCUAGCUCUGCAUCUCUUUUUGCUCUUGUGUCUUGAUCGUUUUCUGACUUUUUCUAUGCUGUAUAUUUGACUGUUUAUUUGGUAACAGAGACUGAAAUAAGACGUGCAAUGUAUAGCCUUACAGAACGAUUUGAACACCGUUCGCAGUCUGAAAGAGUUGUAUAUCAUUUUGUUUGUUUGUAACUGAUAUUAGUUGUAAAAUAAAACUAUUUAAGAUGCAAACAGAAUAGAAUAUAUAUAUAUGUAUUUUUAAACAGGGA